AUGGCAGAACACUUUCCCUCCGAUGAUGACACAAUCAACUCCCCCGCCUGCCCGGAAUCACCUACUCUAGGCGAAAACGGUUUCGAAGACGCAAUGUCAAAUCCUGUUUCCAUACAAACCUCGUCUGAAACAGCAAGCGAUACCCCAAACAGUGCUGGGUCACCAAGCAGUAGUGAUGCACCACGAUCAGUAAGAAGCGGUCUAAGUUUAAAUGGAGGAGCACAAGGAAACGGGAAUGGAUACGGGAUGCCGAUUAACUCUCCUACAACAUUUAUUAAUGACCGAAGUAUACGGUCUACUCUUCCACUACAAAACGCAUCUAUGAAUAAUGGUUACUUAAUUAAUCCGAUAUAUCCUGUUGCGCCCGCUCCUGCUCCAGCAAUGUAUUGGUCGAGAAUACAGACACAUGGAAAACCAGGAGUACGACCGUUGAGAGCGCACACGGUCAACUUGGUUGGUGAAUUAAUGUUCGUGUUUGGUGGCUGUGAUGCGAGAACUUGUUUCAAUACAGUCUAUGUAUUUGAUGCAGACACAAUGUAUUGGAGCAGGCCAAAAGUAUAUGGAGAUCCACCGCCGUCUUGCCGUGCUCAUUCCUCAACACUUGUCGAUAAACGCCUGUUUAUAUUCGGGGGUGGUGACGGCCCAAUAUACUUUAAUGAUCUAUACGUUUUUGACACGGAUACGAUGACUUGGUCAAAACCGAUGACUUCCGGUCAGGCACCAAGUCCUCGGCGCGCACAUACGACUGUAUAUUACAACAACCAUGUCUAUGUAUUUGCUGGUGGUGAUGGUGUGCGUGCCCUUAAUGAUGUAUAUUCUCUCGACAUUUCAGACAUGACCAAUCUUGUAUGGAAAAAAUUAGAACCAGAGGGAAGGGCACCUACCUCGAGGGGAUAUCACACUAGUAAUUUAGUUGGAAGUAAAAUGAUAAUCUAUGGAGGAAGUGACGGACACGAUUGUUUUCGGGACGUACAUAUUUUGGAUCUAGACAAGCUCUAUUGGGUUGAAGUGCAAAUAAACAAAUCUUUCCCUCGCUUAUCGCACACAUCAACACAAGUCGGAUCGUACCUGUUCAUAGUCUGUGGCCACGACGGUACAAGGUAUACGUCGGAAGUGCUACUAUUGAAUUUAGUAACUAUGGAAUGGGAAAGUCGUAAAGUGUAUGGUGUGCCUCCAUCUUCCCGCGGCUAUCACACUGCCGUACUUCAUGACUCGCGAUUAUUCAUUUUCGGUGGUUACGAUGGUCAUCACGUUUUCGAUGAUGUGUAUGUAGUAGACCUGGCGGCCUGUGCAUACUUACCACAAAUCACAACGUUCCAAUUACCAACCGAUCUAUGA